ACCGACUAUACUGAUCAUUAACUAUAUUUGGAUUAUUUGACUAUACUGAUCAUUAACUAACAUUUUAAUAUGUUUUCGUGCAAGUUAUGCAAGUCUUUCCUGUUUUUGUCACGUGAAAUGAUUGUUGAAUCAACUCCUUCAUGGGUUUCUAUGUAUUAAAUUCUCAUCCAUAGUUAUUAAUUCACAGGUUGAUACUCGUUAAAAUGUCUGUCAGAGAUCAUAAACAUCUAUCACAGCAUACUCUUGCUUUCUCUUCCUCUCUCUUCUUGACACUGCUGUGUGAUUGAAUUUUUCUAGGUGGGUUUUGAGAUGGUAGACGCUAUAGCUGAAGCUGAGGGGAUAUCUAUGAGCAGUGUUUCCUAUAGGGCCCUGUUUGGAAAAGGUUACAUUGGAAAUGUUCCAGUUUUGCUUGCAAAACCACAAACUUUUAUGAAUGCAAGUGGUGAGUCUGUUGGAGCAAUUGUUUCAUAUUACAAGAUUCCACUGAAGCAAGUACUUGUGAUUUUUGACGACUUAGAUUUGCCUUUUGCAAAAUUACGGUUAUUGCCGAAAGGUGGACAUGGAGGACAUAACGGGUAUUUAUCAUGUCAAUGUAUUCUAUUUUCAUCUAAAAUCUAAUACUAAGCAUUUAUUAUGCAUGUUGAGUCUAAGAAGAAUGGACAUUCUAAGAAGGUGGUGUGUCUGUGUCAAACACUCUAGUCAAACACUUCCUAACACUUAUUGAACACACUUUCAAUCAUGUUUAUGUUUUAAAUUUUUUUGGACACCCAAAAUUCAUGUGUCCAUUUGUUAGACAUACAUGAAACGUAUUAUAAAUUUGAACAAAAUAACUUAGAAUAUAAUAGUAAACUAUGAAGCAUGGGUACUCUGAAAAUGUUGCCAUACUCAUACCAAUAAGGCUGCAUGCGUUCCGGGUACUCGAAAUACGUUCCGGGUACUCGAAAUACGUACCGGGUACUUUUUAUACAUGCUCUGGCAGCUGGGUACUUCAUGGGUACAUCGGGAGUACAGCAAGUUAUGGGACAUUGGUGGGAAUACCUUUAAUUUAUUAGAGAAUUCUUAUUUACUUGAAAUUGCAAAUCCUUUAUUUGAUGUGCCAGAAAUGAAAGAUAUAUUACUCUAUGAUGAAGUUGAUGGAAGUGAAAACUAAAACUUCAAAUUUUUAAAUUUUGCUUUGCUUUGCUUGCUUUUUGAAUGAAACUUUAUUUUAUAAUUUCUCCUAUUUAAUGGCAUUAAAACAGCUUAUAGAUUUUGCUUUGGUAUUGGUAUUGUUGAAUUACGAUUUCUCUUUUGGUUUUGUAAUUUCUCCUUUUAGUUUUGGUAUUAAAUUUUGAUUUGUAUAUUGAAUCUCAAACUAUAAAUCAUAAAAAUAAAAAAUUGAUUAAAGACAUACCUCAGUCGUACCUAUAUCUUAUUUUUUUUAGGUUUUGCCGUAUCAGCGUAUCUGUACCAGUAUCCGUACCCGCACCCAUAGUAAAUAAAAAUGAUGUAGAUUUAUACUUAUAAAUCCCUUCUCUAAAUUUUAGAAAUUAGUGCUAUAUUAGAUUUUAUUUUAUUUUUUUUGUUUCAUUUUUUAUUAUCUUUGAAUGAAAAAUCUUCAUAACAUAUAAUAAAUAUAUAAAAGUAUAUAUUUUGUUUGUAUCCCCUAUGUGUUGUAUCUUGUAUCUUUCAAAAAUUAUUUGUGUUUGUAUUGUGUUGCGUGUCUUUUUCGUGCGUCUUAGCAUUAAGCAUAUUUUGAGAGAUGUAGAUAACAAGUUGAUGCCCUGAAUUCAGUUUUAGGUAUCAAGUUUUCACCUUUUGAACUCCUUACAGACCAUAUCUUGGACUUUAGCUGAGUUAUGACACUUGGAUGAAGUGCAACCCCAAUAUAAGAGGUAGGGGGGAAUGGUGGUUGGAUUGGGGUUUGCUUUUCUCACUCAAACCAAACGGCUUGCACGCUUUCUUCUCUUCACAAUGUAUAGUCACAAUUAUGGUUGAGUUACUUCGUGAUUGCCUCAUUUGGAAAAAAUUAUAUCCCAUGUGGUGAAAAACCAUGGCCCACACCUCCAUGGUCCUUCAAUUCAAGAAUCAGGA